AUGAGCAAGAAGUGUGCUCGUCAGGAAUGUGGAAAAACUGUUUAUCCUAUAGAAGAAUUAAAAUGUCUUGAUAAAACAUGGCAUAAACAAUGUUUUAAAUGUACAGUAUGUGGAAUGGCAUUAAAUAUGAAAAAUUAUAAAGGUUAUAAUAAAAUGCCAUAUUGUGAACCUCAUUAUCCAAAAACAAAAGCUACGAUUGUUGUUGACACACCGGAAAUGAAAAGACUUGCUGAUAAUACUAAACUUCAAUCAAAGGUUCAAUAUACAGCUGAUUUUGAAAAAAUGAAAGGAACUAAAAUUGAAAUAGUAGAUGAUCCUGAAUUACAAAGACAUUUAAAAAAUUCUCAAUUUGUUUCAAAAGUAGCAUAUCAAGGUGAACUUGAAAAGAAAAAAUUGAUGGAAGAAGUAAGACCACAAAAGGAGGUAGAUGAAAAAAGUGAUUCUGGUAUUUCUAAUGCAUCACAAUGUAUUUCAUCCACAAAUGAAGUAAAUCAAAUGCGUCCAGUUGGUAGUAUUGCAGAUUAUGAUCCCCUUAACGGAAAUUGGGGAUCAGCAAGCAAUAAUAAUAAUAAUAAUAAUAACAAUAAUAAUUAUAAAAAACAAAAUGGUGGAACAAUUAAAAAUUUGACUGAUGCCUUAAGACAAUCCUCAAUAACAACACCAACAAAAGUUUCUAAUCGUACUGAUUCUGGUGUAACAUCCCCAACAAAUACCGUCUCAACACCAAGAUUUAACUCAAAACAAACCGGUUUUACUGUUAAAGCUCUAUACGAUUACACGGCUGCAGAUAAUGAUGAAGUAAGUUUUCUUGAAAAUGAUAUCAUUGUCAAUUGUCAAAAAGUUGAUGAUGGGUGGAUGACAGGAACUGUACAAAGAACAUUACAAUGGGGAAUGCUUCCAGCUAAUUAUGUAGAAAUGGUUAAACCAGUCAAAAGAAAUAUUUAUAUUAAAUAA